CAGUAAAAGCGUGCUUGCCUUCACAUUGACUCUGCUUGACAACGUUCACGCUUUCAGCUCCAACUGUCACGCCUUCUUCUUUUCCUUUCCUGAUUGACACUUCUAAGCUACUGAUCGAUCCUCCUACUCCAUCACGGACAGCGGGGACUAUGGAUGGCCUUGCCUUGGGGGCGAGCUUGGGAGGCGGAGUAGAAAUGAAUUAGAUCAAGGGCGGAGCUAUUGAUGAUUCAUCAAGGUAUUUUGGGUAUUUGAAGAGAUAUUGCCUGGCAGGAAAUUCAUAAUCCCGAUGGCGAGGCUUUUGUCAAGAACAUUCAAAUCCCUCAAGCCCCAUCACAACAUCAAUCCUUGCCCUAAACCUCUUCUUAAGGCUCCAACAACUUCAGUGGCAACCCCAUCAAAAUCGGAAUUCUCUUCAUCAUCACCAUCGUUGAAGACAGCGCCUGAAGUAUCAUCUUCGAAAUCGAAAUCGAAAUCGAAAUCAAGAUUAUCAAAAUCAUUGAAGAAUUCUUGGUCUGUGUAUCUGAUUCUAUCAACCAAUCCGCCGAUCAAGACUUAUGUUGGGGUCACCACCAAUUUCUCUCGCCGCCUGAAGCAACACAAUGGUGAAGUUAAUGGUGGUGCAAAAGCAUCUCGUGCGGGAAGGCCGUGGGUGUGUGCAUGCUUUAUAAAAGGUUUUCGGGACAAAAGUGAAGCUUGUGAAUUUGAAUCAAAAUGGAAACUCUUUUCAAGGAAGCUGUCACGAAAAAGAAAAACCAUUGAGGAGGAGAAGCAGGAUGACAACAGAUCACUUGCAUUAUUGCAUCACAGACAUGCAGCUCUUAGUCGAGUCAAAAGCUCGGUUGUUUGCAGUCACCUGGAAAUUAUUUGGCACUUUGAUCUGACUUAGUUUAGCAACUGAAUUGGAGGAUACACAGCACUCCUAAUGGGUUGCCGUGCUGCAUUGUAUUAAUCCCUUUAUGAAAUAAUAGGCUUUCAGAUUUUGUAUAGAUGAGUAACAUAUGAUGUAUGUAGAUGAUAGUCAAAAGAAAGCUUGCACAUGCUAGGGCUACACAUAUUUGGAGCUGCCAUUAAUUGUUUUAGGUUAUAGUUUUGUGACCAUGGCCUUUGUAAAACCAAAAAAACAGAAAGUCUUGUCCAAGCCCGGAAUAUAUGCGGAAGAAAAAGUUGUAAAAUACGAUUGUUAUUUGCAAUUAUUGGCCUCAUUGUCCUAUUUUUGCA